AUGAAAGAUGAUAUAAAACUAUUUAUUUCAUUCACAGAACGAGAAGGAUUCUCUGAACAUCGAAAACUCAAAAGUGAUUUCUAUCCACCUUCAAGAUUCGGAUAUACAUUUCUUGAAUUAUGCUGUUAUCACGGCUCAGUUAAUUGUUUUAAAUUUUUACGAACUAAAUUCAAUUCAAAAAUCACUAAAGAAUGUCUUCAACUUUCAUUUUUAGGGAAGAAUCCAUACAUUAUCAAUGAAUGUUUGAAAGAUCAGAAACCGGAUUAUAGUUGCAUGAAAUAUGCAAUAAUAUCGCAUAAUAUUGAUUUUGUUUGUUUUUUAGUGAAUGAAUACAAAAUUGAAAUUGACUUAAAUUCAUGUUGUGAAUACUAUAAUCUUAAAGCCUUUUUGGUUUAUUUAGAUCGAACUCAAGAUGUUGACGAAUGCUUCACAUAUUCGUCAAGUUUAAAUCUUCCUAUUUUAUGUGAAUAUUUACUUUCACAUUUUGCAAAUAUAAAUGCAUUAAAUAGAUCUGGGAAUUCGGCUCUUCACAUAGCAUCAGAAUAUAAUUUUCUCUCGAUAACACAAUUUCUUCUUGAUCAUGGAGCAUUUGUAAAUAUAAAAAAUCAUCAACUCCCCUGUUUAUUGCAUCAGGAAAAAAUAAUAGAGAAGUAG